AUGCGCUGUUUCUCCCUCAAGAACAAUGCACGCAUAGAACCCAUCCGCAUCUCUGAAGACGACUACAAACGACAUCUCAAACUCCUAGCUAAUCGGAAGGGGCUCAUCGUACAUGUUGUGGACAUGCUGGAUAUACCAGGCUCUAUCUAUACCGGUCUGAAUGCGGUAGUCGGGACCCAGAACAAGAUUGUGCUAUGCGUGAACAAGACCGACAUGCUGAUCGGCAAAGGGAAAGACAUGCCGGAGGUGGCUGAACGUCUCAACACAUGGAUCCACGACGUUAUUGCGGACACACAGCUAAAGAAUGUUGUAGAUGCUGUGUUCGUGAGUGCUAAGUCUGGCCUCGGCUUUGCUGGUCUCAGGAAGUCUAUAGAAAAGCACCGCAACAAUGGAUCGGUGUACUUUGUGGGCUGCACAAAUGCGGGAAAAUCCUCGGUGGUCAACAAGCUGAUCGCCGAUUUCAAAGCAGACGCUCCAGGCUCUGCGAAACGCUUCACGACCAAUGUCACGGU